AGGCCCCACUUUGGCACAGUCUCGCCGCCCCUCCUCGCUUGGCAACCGUAGCUCCCUCUUUCCGGAUCGAGCGAGAGGCAAGCAAGACAUACGUCGCGGGAAUUGAGCCCCCCGUGGCCCCUUUCUCCUGCUCCGUGUCUUCCCGGUUUCGCAACGCAGUCGGGUUGACAGUCCAGAGUGUACGUUAUAAAUGCCCCAAGGCAGAUUGCAAUGUCUGGGUUUGACAAUUUCAAUACAGAUUUCUAUCAAACAAGUUACAGCAUCGAUGAUCAAGCAGCACAGUCAUACGGAGGAGACUAUGGAGGAGGAACAUACAACAAACAGUAUGCUGGCUAUGAAUAUUCUCAGCAAGGUGGAUAUGUCCCUCCAGAGAUGAUGCCACAGCAACAGCCUUACACCGGUCAGAUUUUUCAGCCAACACAAGCAUAUACUCCAUCCUCACCACAAUCUUUUUAUGGAAGCAAUUUUGAAGAUGAGCCACCCUUACUGGAAGAACUAGGAAUCAAUUUUGACCACAUCUGGCAGAAGACCCUGACAGUUCUGCAUCCAUUAAAAGUAGCAGAUGGAAGCAUCAUGAAUGAAACAGAUCUGGCAGGACCAAUGGUCUUUUGCUUAGCCUUUGGUGCCACAUUAUUGUUGGCUGGCAAAAUUCAGUUUGGCUAUGUAUAUGGGAUUAGUGCAAUUGGGUGCCUAGGAAUGUUCUCUCUCCUGAACUUAAUGAGUAUGACUGGUGUUUCAUUUGGCUGUGUUGCCAGUGUCCUGGGAUACUGCCUGCUUCCCAUGAUAAUACUGUCCAGCUUUGCAGUUGUAUUUUCUCUACAGGGUCUGAUGGGAGUUAUUCUUGCUGCUGGAAUUAUUGGAUGGUGCAGCUUUUCAGCUUCCAAAAUCUUCAUUUCAGCCUUAGCAAUGGAAGGACAACAACUGCUAGUGGCAUAUCCCUGUGCUUUAUUAUAUGGAGUCUUUGCCCUCAUUUCUGUGUUUUGAGCUGACUUCUUUAUUAUUGGACUUAAUGGGCCAAAUGGAAAGCCUCCAUCUGGGACAUGAACUGGGACCAGAGAGCAGCUGUUGGGUCACUAUCAUGCAAAGUUAACGCUUGAAUUGUCUGGAGCAACAAAAAGUGUCUUGUGUUCCUUUUUUAGGACUCUUGAAUAUGGUUUUGAAUUGACCUGUAAUGUCUGUACUAGCUUUAAUACAGGUUCAUGAUUACACUGUUUAAAAUGUAAA